AUGGUCAAAGCUGAUGCGAAGAGGGACUACUACGCUGAUCUAGAGCUAUCACCAACGGCUGAGCAUGAAGAGAUCAAAAGACAAUUCCGGCAGCUAGCGAAGCAGUACCACCCAGAUCGCAAUCCUGGCCAUGAAACCGAGGUAGUUGCCAAGUUCCAGGACUUGCAGACAGCACAUGAGAUUCUGUCUGAUCCUGCAGAGAAGAAGAAGUACGACUCUGCCAGAGCCAAACAUGUGGCCAAGAACCCACCCAUACCACCCCCACCACGAGCGAAUGUUGAUCCAUAUGGCUUCAGUAAGCCACAAAGGGCUGCGACGACGAACUUUGGUGGUGGUCCUCCGCCUAAGAAACCACAGCGUCAGUAUACGCAGCAAGAGACGCCUGCCUCUGCCGGAGCAGCAAAAUUCAAUGCUUUUACACGAGCCGGCAACCAGACAUGGGAUAGACAAAGCUUUGAAGCUGCCGCGCGAGCAGAGGCUGCCCGAGGCUUCUCACAGAUGAGAGGUGGUCAACAGACACCAGAAAUGCCGCCACGACCUCCUCGUCCUCAUCCUACAGCUGCACGCCCGGUUUCGUCUGACAUGCCGAACGGCCUGAACCCCGGAUUUCCUGGAGUGUCUCGCACCACUAGCGCCCGGCGACCAGAUUCAGGUUAUGGUGAUGCGCCACGCUCAGCUUAUUCUCAUGUGUACGGAACCCGAUCACAUCAAGCGCAACCCCCACCAGAUCAUUGGUCUGGUCAUUCACCCCCAGGCGCGAGAACAUCGCAUAGCCCUCUGCGGCAUUCCAAAUCUACAGAACAGCCACAACCAAGUCGCCCAGGCAUGUUCGACCGGCAGCCCUCGCGCUACAAUCAAGGCGCUACUCACAUCAGAACGGACCUAAAGGAAGGUUUAUAUCGUUCUGCCAGCGUUCGGAAUUCGCCGAUCGACCCACAGUGGGAGGACGCCAGCGAUUCAGGGCCCUUCGGCAAGAGUAGGCCACAGCAAGGGACACAGAGACACCGGAGCGCGAGUCCGAACAUGAGACAGACAUCUGGCAGUACUAAUUACUCUGAAUCCGAGUCAGACUCAUCUGAUGAUCAAAGAACCUCAACGACAUCGAGAAAGACUGCUCAGCCCGGACGACCACAGGCUAGAGCUCCCGCGCACGAUGGUCUAGACUCGCAGGCAUCCUUCAAGAAUUACACCCGCGUAGUUCACGAAGAGGGGAACUAUAACUACCCGCCACCAGAGCCUAAGCAGCCAACAAGAGCACCUUUCCCUGAUGUCACCUCCCCGGAUGAUGUGCGCGAUGGGUCGAGCGCGUUCAGGUAUGGACUAUUCCGUUCCUCCCCAAGAGGACCCCGUAUCAAUGGACUCCCGUCCUGGGCCGUGCCUUCAAGCGUCCCGAUCGUCCAGACUAACUUCUCCAGCGCUUCUCACAUCAAGCCAGAUCCGGUUUUCAAGGCGUCCAAUUUCGAUCAUGACUGGGCGGAGAAGUUGAGGACUUCCGGCAGUACAUCGCCAACAAAGGCAGGUCAAAAGGCCAGAGGAAGGGCCCGGACCAAUCCAUCUACACAAACCGACCCCAUGGAUGUAGAUCCCGGAGACGCUGUUCCUCUCAGCCCACGAACUAAUGGCACGGGCAUCAAUAAUUUGAGUGACCUCAAAACAGCAGGGCCGUUCCAUAGCACGGGCCUCAAUGGCGUUGACGACCUGAAGAACACUCUGCCGUUUGAGUCACGUGCGUCCACAAACAUCAAGACGGAGCAGAGACCUUCGGCACGGCUCAGGCUCGAGGACCUCCCACAGCCGCCCAAGCAACCGAUGGCACCUAGAGACUCCGCACUCCUUGCCAACAACAACGAAUGGCUGAUGUACUCGAAGAAGAUGCGCCAAUACAUGCAUGAUUGGAAGCUUUUCGAGCGCGCUAUGGUCGAGCACUUCAAUGCGCGGCAAAGCCAGCUCGACAAGAGCAUGGCAGAUGAUUGGGUGGGGAUGAAAAGUGAUGGACCGCUCAGCUGUGAGGUCGGCGAAGGUAAUAGUGGAGGCAUGAAAGCUGGCCUCACAGCGUAUAUUGAGUGGCUGCAGCAUGAUGAGAUGUGUCAUUCUUGGUGGGAAAGAGCAAGGCAGCGGCAUGCGGGCUGUGUCAAGGAGCUAGCGCAUGUCAGAAGCGUGCUGAAAGGCGAACAGGGUGGUACGGGCACGUUGUGA